AAUUUGUUUACUGCAGGAUAUUCUCUUUUUCUUUAAAGAUUUUGCUGGUUGUUUUGAGUGAAGGAAAAAACAAAAAAAGCACAGUGGAAAAACUAGUCAGAUCAGAGGUAACUGGAUAAUGGAAUGUAACACCAGACUGUUACUACGGGAUGUUGAUGGUCAGCUGCAAACACAAAGUUUCCUGUGUAAUGUGGCACAAGAAAUUUCUCUGAAAUUCUGUUGAGAAAUGUUAAACACAGAACUGUGCAGGCAAAGAUCAACAGCUCCUGCAAAUCCUCACCAAGGCUAACUGAAAGACACUUGAAUGUUUACUUCUGUACAUCACCUUUUGGUCAUAAUGUUCCCUACUAUCCGCUCUGCUCACUGUUCAGGUACCCCAGUGUUGAGCAUCUAGUUUUAAAGCAUCAAAAUGAGUUGGGAUUGACAUUGAUGACAUUGACUGUUACCAUGAGCAGCUCCAGCGGGAUGCCCAGUUCCUGUGCUCAGAUCAGAGGAUGGACACUGAACUUGUUGACAGACUUGUGCUGCAGCUGAACAGGAUCUACCCCCAGAUACUCAGUGACAAGGAAGCCCACAAGUUCAGGAACCUGAGCAUACCCACCGAGGUGCGGUUAGCUGAGCUCCUGAAGCACCUAUAUGGGAAGGGGGAUGAGGCGUGUCAUGAAUUCUACAGAGGACUUCACAUUCAUGCUGAUGACAUCUACUCCAGCCUGCCAACCAGAGUCAAACAAAGAGAGACGGCAGACUCAAAAUGGACUAACAGUGUGGCAGUCUACCCAGAGCGAUUUGUACUUAAUGACAGAGGACCACUGUUCUUCCUGAGCUGUUUCAGUUUUGUAGUUGGUAUUGCAAUGCUCUACUAUUACGGAGAAGGUGAGACACUGAGAUGUACCGGUCCGUUUCUUCACUGCUCUGCAGCAAGACUCAGUAAAGGUGCUAAAGAUGUUUUAAUUACAUAUGCUGAGGUUGGAAAGCAGAAAAACUGAGGCUGUUAUGGUGCCGUGAAUGCUUAAAAACUAGCCCUGUGAGAAGAACAAGCCAUGAAAUUUGCUUCUUUGCUGUGCCAAACUCACACACACUUUCAGAGGUAUAGAGUUUUUUUCUGAAAUUGAACAUAAUCUAAAUAAACAAGUACUAACUGACAUGUUUUUUAAACACUGAGAGGCUAAAAUUAUCACAUCUGUCAUUCCCAUACCUGAGAUCUCAUAGAAAUGAAAAAAAAAAAAAAUGUUCUCUCAUAGUACUUUUAUGUAUGAGUCUUGCCUGGAUGUAUUGUGUGUAUAGAGCUAAUUAUUCCAGUCACAUUUUCAGCUAAAAUUAAGCAUAAUAUUAACUGACUGUGACUGCACGCCCACAAAGUUGUUUUUAAUUACUCUGGCUGAUUAGACCUCUGCUCUCAAUUAUUUGUCAUGACCAAACUCUGUGUACUAUUAAGAAUAAUGAAGAGUUACACAGUCUCCGCAUGUCAAUCAAGUGUAGUUUGUACACACCUGCAUUGUCCUGAGAAGAGGUCUAAUUAGGCACAUUGGUGUAUAGGGGCUUCAACAAAGUAACUUGAAUGUGACAGUGCUGUGUAUGUAAACAUGUGCUAAGCUACAGUUUCUCAAAUGCACAAGAGAUAUUCUCACCAGCUUAUCCACUUUCAGUGCCUUCUAAUAGUGUGAUAAAGAGACUUUUUAAAAUCUGCUGACAAAAGUGCACUAAAACAAUGCUCAGCUUUUGCUCAAAUAAAACACAUAAUAUUUUUGACAUC